GGAGAGCCUUUUGGGGCUUCUGGGGCUUGGGGUGGGCUCUGGCUGGCAUUAACAACCUGCCCUUCUCUUUCCCCCGCCCGCUGGCAUCCCCCACAGAAGCUGCUGAUGGCAACGCGACCCUGGGCGGUGGGACGGGCACCAUGGGGCUGAGCGCCCGCUACGGCCCCCAGUUCACCCUGCAGCACGUCCCUGAUUACCGGCAGAACGUCUACAUCCCGGGCAGCACCGCCACCCUCACCAACGCCGGCAAACGUGACGCCAAGAGCGCCGGCUCCUCAGGGGGCAACAAGAAGAAAUCUGGGAAGAAGGAGAAGAAGUAG